AUGUGUGUUUUGUUUUUUAUUUUCCCAUCUUUCUCUUUGAGCCCUGAGGUGACGUCAUCCCAGCCGGAGCGUCUCUCACCAGGCAACAGACCAGGUCAGAUCACGUGACAACACCGGAAAAAUACUAAUUAUGAAAUGAUCAGUGUAGGACAGAAUAUCGAUCAUAAUGAUAACAUGUCAUUUAUGGUGUGUGUGUGUGUGUGCGUGUUUGUGUGCAGGUUUGUGUGCAGGUUGAUCAGCCAAGGAGCCGUUACAAACGCUCGUCCCGGAAAUCAUGUGUCCUUCACAAUAAGAGCACCAGUCCAAUGAAUCGUUAAACCUGAAACUGCAUGUGGCUAUGUCGAUCGCAUUUCAAUCUCACGCACAUACACAUUUCGUAAAUGAUACGAAAUGUAACACUUCGCCUAUUCAAAAAUUUGAUCAAACAUCUCUACCAUAUUUGUCUUAUUGUCGAUAUUUAAUUUAGAUUUUAGAAUCAAAUAUAAAACAUAGUUGAGGAUUUUUUGCAGGUAAAAGGGAUAUUCCGGCAUAAAAUUAAUUUAGGGUCAAACACACCGUAACACCGAGUUCGACACCCCCUUGAGAGAUGAAUGUUGCUGACUGCUUGCUUUUCUAGUCGUACCAGCUUUAGUAACGACCGCACAAUAGCAAUACACAGCAGUCUGAGGAGCCAUAAACAAACCUCAACCAAAACGUCACUCUAUAGCCACAAAUAAUGCUCAGAACAGCACCUAACUUCAUCAACAGUACAUAUAGGAUCCCAGCCACAGCACUAGCCACCAAACAUCUUUUUAGUUAAUUUCUUUAGCAAAGAGACUAAACACAAUUUACCCUCUCUCUUCCAGCAGCUGCUUGUUUGUACAGACACCUCGGGCCAGUCCAUUACGGACUACAGAGGGGUGAAUUAGCUCAAGGAAGAACAUUCAUGAUCAUUUCUUAAUGGAAAUACAAUCAGAUCGAGAUGCUAUGGCAAAGAACUACCGCUUCUGCAGAGCAAAAUGAUUAAUAUGGUCAUUAUUACUUUAAGGAAAUGAUAGAGAAAUUAUCAUAAAUGUUCUGCACUAAGCUGCGUCAACUCGCAGCAGUCUGUAAUGGACUGGCCUGAGUUCUAGCCACAAACAAGUGGCUGCUGGAAGAGAGUAGGUGAUUUAUGUUUAGUCUCUUUGUUAAAGAAAUCAGGCAAAGUUAAAAAGAUGUUUGGUGGCUAGUGCUGUGACUACGACCCUACAUGUACUGUUGAUGAAGUUAGGUGCUGUUCUGAGUAUUAUUUGUGGCUAUAGAGCAGCAUUUUGGUUGAGAUUUGUUUGGCUCCUUAGACUGCUGUGUAUUGCUAUAGUGCAGUCGUUAGCAAAGUUGGUAUAACUAGAGAAGCAAGUGGUCGACAACAUUCGUCUCUCGAGGGGGUGUGCAACUUGGUAUUACGGUGUGUUUGACCCUAAAUUAAUUUUACACCGGAAUAUCCCUUUAAAUAGUUCUACGCGUAAGUGAGUUAGAAAUUCAGGAUUUAACAUGUUGAUGAAUUUUGAUGAAAUUUGGAUUUGGAUAACAAUUUGAUGCUUUUAUUUUGAAGGCUUUUCUGUGUGUUUUCCUGUGCGACAGUGUGUAUUGACGCAGCGGGUGGCAGCUGGUGCGUCAGGAGGAGACGGAGAUGCCAUAACAGCAGCAUCAGCGCGGCGCUCCGGGUCCUGUUCGCUCCGCACUGAUCCGAACCGGCUCUGCUCCGGGACUCCUCUCAUGCUCUGUCCACUUCACAGCGCGACAGCCCCGGCUUCAAGCUCUGCGGAGGAGCGGCGGCAGCAUCUGGAGCGGAGGUAAGAGGAGGAGGAAGAAGAGGAGGAGGAGGAGGAGAAGGCAGGGCGUGGAGGAGGGGGAGAGACCUGUCUGUCUGUCUGUCCUCCUGUCUAUCUUUUCCGUUAUCUGUCUGUCUGUACAUGUCUGUCUGUCCUCCUCUCUGCAUGUCCUCUCUGUCUCUCUAUGUCGCCUCUGCUCACGGCUCAUUGUCCGGCCUGCAGCCGCGGAUGGAGCGCUGAGGCCCGGCAGGAUGUUUGUGUCGAGCCGCUCCGGUUCGUCCAACAUCCAGGGUGUGUGCGCGUGUGUGCGCGGGCGCGAGUGUAUGUGUUUGUGCUGUGUCAAUGGACAGGUUUGUGUCUUGGGUGGGGUUCAACUCAGGUGGUCUGAAUAACGGUGAUGAUGAGGGUGAUGAAGGUGAUGAUGAUGUCACAGAGGUGAACAGGUUGAGCUGCUCGAGGACACUUCCUGUCAGCUGAUCCGUGUAAUAUAGUACAGGUGGAAAUUCAAAUCGUCCUUACAUGUGUCUAUCUAUCUAUCUAUCUAUCUAUCUAUCUAUCUAUCUAUCUAUCUAUCUACAUCAGCUGAUAGUUUUAUACAGCAGAAUAUGUCAACAAAAUGAAAGUAUUUAAUCACUUAAAUCAUAUCUGUUUUAAUGUGGGUGUCCAGUUAUUAGUAUUUUAAAUAUAAAACCCAAUUCCAUUGAAUUUGGGAAGAUGUGUAAAUCGUACAUAAAAACAGAAUACAAAGAUUUGCAAAUCCUUUUCAACCUAUAUCCAAUUGAAUUCACUACAAAGACAAGAUAUUUAAUGUUCGAACUCAGUAACUUUUUUUUUUUUUUUUUUUUUGCAAAUAAUCUUUAACUUUAAAAUUUUAUGGCUGCAACACGUGACAAAGAAGUUGGGAAAGGUGGCAAAAAAUACUGAAAAAUUCGAGGAAUGCUCAUCAAACACCUAUUUGGAACAUCCCACAGGUGAGCAGGUUAAUUGGGACCAGGUGCGUGCCAUGAUAGGGUAUAAAAGCGGCUUCCCCAAAAGUUCUCAGUCAUUCACAAGCAAGGAUAGGGCGAGGUUCACCACUUUGUGAACAACUGCGUGAGCAAAUAGUCAAACAGUUUAAGAACAACGUUUCUCAAAGUACAAUUGCAAGGAAUUUCAGGAUUUCAACAUCUACAGCCCAUAAUAUCAUCAAAAGGUUCAGAGAAUCCAGAGAAUUCACUGCAUGUAAGCGGCGCAGCCGGAAACCAACACUGAAUACCCGUGACCUUUGAUUCCUCAGGCGGCACUGUAUCAAAAACCGACAUCAAUGUGUAAAGGAUAUCACCACAUGGGCUCAGGACCACUUCAGAAAACCAUUGUCAGUAAAUACAGGUUGUCGCUACAUCUGUAAGUGCAAGUUAAAACUGUACUAUGCAAAGCAAAAGCCAUUUAUCAACAACAUCCAGAAACACUGCCGGCUUCUCUGGGCCCGAGCUCAUCUAAGAUGGACUGAUGCAAAGUGGAAAAAGUGUUCUGUGGUCUGAUGAGUCCACAUUUCAAAUUGUUUUUGGAAAUAGUGGACGUCGUGUCCUCCGGGCCAAAGAGGAAAAGAACCAUCCAGACUGUUGUCGACGCAAAGUUCAAAAGUAUCUGUGAUGGUAUGGGGGUGCAUUAGUGCCCAGGACAUGGGUAACUUACACAUCUGUGAAGGCAACAUUAAUGCUGAAAGGUACAUAGAGGUUUUGGAGCAACAUAUGCUGCCAUUCAAACAGCGUCUUUUUAAUGGACGCCCCUGCUUAUUUCAGCAAGACAAUGCCAAGCCACAUUCUGCACGUGUUACAACAGCGUGGCUUCGUAGUAAAAGAGUGUGGGUACUCGAUUGGCCUGCCUGCAGUCCAGAUCUGUCUCCCAUUGAAAAUGUGAAGCGCAUUAAGAAGCAUAAAAUACGACAACAGAGACCCCGGACAUCAAGCAAGAAUGGGAAAGAAUUCCACCUUCAAAGCUUCAACAAUUAGUCUCCUCAGUUCCCAAACGUUUUCUGAGUGUUGUUAAAAGGAAAGGUGAUGUAACACAGUGGUAAACAUGCCCCUGUUCCAACUUCUUUGGCACAUGUUGCAGCCAUGAAAUUCUGAGUUAAUGAUUAUUUGCAAAAAAAUUAAAGUUUAUGAGUUUGAACAUUAAAUAUCUUGUCUUUGUAGUGUAUUCAAUUGAAUAUAGGUUGAAAAGGAUUUGCAAAUCAUUGUAUUCUGUUUUUAUUUACGUUUAUCACAAUUUCCCAACUUCAAUGGAAUUGGGUUUUGUAGUUAUUAAGUCCAUAUUAAUAACGUAAAGCUAUUCUUAUCAAUGCCUUGAUUUGGGAGUCAAAUUCAUACAAUCAUGUGCACUUUGAUAUCUUAACUUUUGGAUUUAUUAUUCAAAUAAACACUUCACUGCUGCACCACUGUGGUCUGAAACCAUGACUUGGAGGUAGCAGACAGCUUCAGGGUGUUCAUAUUCAGCUUCAGAGUAUUAAAUGUAAGUUAACACAGGGCAACAAAUCAACACAAGUUGAAAUUUGCCUUUUCCUCUAACAGCUUUAUAUUGAUUUUACAGUGUGUGGUUGUACUGUAGAAGUUUAAGAGGUAAAGAAACAGAAAGUGCUUCACAUACACACUGACAUGCACUUGUGACCUUCCUCUAUAUGACUGUUGCAGCUAUUCCACAUAUUUAGCAGGUCAUAUGGACUGAGACAAACAACCACAGUUCUCCAGAAUGAAUGAAAAACCAGUCAGGCAUCUGUUCUCACUCAAACUGGGAAAGGAGAUUCAAUACGAAUAACUGCUGCACACUGUUGUGAUCAUAUUGGCCAAUAUUGCAAUUUACAAUAUAGUAAAUGCUGCUAUGAGUCUAUUUGCUUGGUUGUUAACAUGCAACUGUAUUGGUAGUUUUGAUACAUGUAUUUCACGUUUCUGGACCAAAAUGAUGACCACAAAUGUUUAUUUGUCAGGUGGGCAGUGUGCUGGAGUUUCCUUACAGUUCCAAGAAUUGUUCGAUAAAAUGUGUCUGACUCCUACCUCCUCCUGUCCUUUGUUGUCCAGGAUGCACUGGGGUUUCCCAGUAAGCCUGUAAAGAUGAGUGUAACCUCAUGGUUCUUGGUGAGCAGCUCCGGGACUCGACACCGCCUCCCCAAAGAGAUGAUCUUCGUGGGUCGAGAGGACUGCGAGCUCAUGCUGCAGGUGAGACCAGUCAGUCAGAGCAACCAAUACAGCAGUUCAGCCCAAGUUCAAUCAGAACAGUCAUUAAAACUAUUUAUUUAAUCAGACUGUUUAAACCAGACUUUCCAGUUAGAGUGUUUGAUCAAACUGUUCAGUUUAACAGUUCAAUAUGACUAUUAAACUAUACUCCACAUUGAGACUGAAAUAGCACUGUUUAUUCAGAUUGUUCAAUCAGACCGUUCAGACUGUUGAAUCAGUUUCUUGAUUCAGAUUGUCUGGUUACGUUGUUCAAUUUGACUGUUCCAUCACACUCUUUAUUUAGACUGUUGGAUCAGGCUGUUAAGGUUGUUCAAUCAGACUCUUGGUUCAAACUGUUCAUUUCUGAGUUGCAACAGUCUCUUUUUCCACACUGUUUGAUCAGACUGUUCAGCUGUGUUAUCAGGUCGACAUGACAUCAGCGUAUUUCUCAGUAACACUUUUUGAGACUGAUCAAUUAGUCUGUUUCACUGGACUGUUCAGACUGAUCAUACUUCAAUUUUAGGGAUGCACCCAUCUGAUAUUUAGAUCAGAUAUCGGCUCCGAUAUUGACGAAUUUACUAGAUCUGAUAUUUGAUGAAUGACGCCGAUCCAGUGUUCCGAUCCAGUCUUUUUUUUUUUUUUAAUUAAUAUCAUACACAGCAACACAACGAUUCUGUUCAGUCUAUAUUCUAUGUCUGUCUAUCCUUUUGCACAAAAUGUUUACAUGGAAGUCUUACUUCUUUUUGCUGUGCGCUAAUGUGCUAAUUUGUUAUUUGUUAAUAAAUAAUAUUAAGUCAAUUUAUAUCUGAGUUAAUUUGUUACCUUUAUUUUUUUUAACAAGGCUAAUGUCAAGCCUAAUGCCUUCACUCACAGGGCAAGGUAUACAGUUCGCUCAUUCAUUCAACAGUAGUAUUGGAUCGGUAUCAGAUAUCGGCCGAUAUGCUCAGCCCAGGUAUCGGUAUCAGACUGGAUCAGAAAAAUUGAUCGGUGAACUCAAUUUUAAUUUCCUUUCAAACCUUGAUGGUUUAAUCAAAACCUAUCAAUUUAAUUAUUUGUUUGGGCCUCUCAGUUAAACUGUUCAAUCGGACUGUUUAUUCCGCCUUCAUAUCUAGUGUUCUUCAUCCAGGCUUUUCAAUGAUACUCUUAAACCAGUCUUAUCAAACAGAGCAAUCCGAACACUCUAUCUUACUGUUGGACAGCUCUUCAGAAGCUAAUGCAGGAUGACUGCAAAACUGUAGCGCGUGGAUCACUCACCUGUUUGUGUCUCAUAGUCCCGCAGCGUGGACAAACAGCAUGCUGUCAUCAACUACAACCCGACUACAGACCAACACCUGGUCAAAGACCUGGGCAGCCUCAAUGGGGUGAGGCCAACUACACACACUACUACAUACAAUACUGCACAAACUACUACUACACACUUCUGAAAUUUUGUUAAAAAAAUGACACUAAAUAACAAAUAAUGAAAAAUAAAUUCCACAGUAGCAGAAUAACUGAGUGUGACGUGUUUGGUUUGUUUCAGACGUUUGUGAAUGACCUGAGGAUUCCUGAUCAGACCUACAUCACCCUCAAACUGUCCGACAUCAUCCGCUUCGGAUAUGAUAUCCUCCCAUGUGUGUGUGUAUGUGUGUGUGAGAGAGAUAAUAUUUGGAUGUUGAAAUCUCAGAGUUGUUUACAAGUGAGUAAGGUACAGUUUUGUUACUUAGUGUGAGAACAGUUUUUUUUCUUAACUCUUGUUUUCACAUUCUCAUGUCUACGUCUUGGAGAAAAGUCAACACAAAGUGCCCGAGGAGGCUUUGAAGGUCAGUGAGUGAGUGUGUGAGCGUGUGUGUACGUUUUUGUGUGUGAUACUAAAGAGUGUUUGACAUCGCCUCCUGUUGUUGCAGCAUGAGAAGUACAGUAGUCAGCUGCAGAUGAGUCUGAAGGCAUCAGAGGGACACAAGACCGAGCCUGAGGAGAAAGCAAGAGCAGAAAAAACCUCGAUUACAAAGAGUCUCACUCAAGGUACUUCAAAAAUAGUGUGUAUUAUGGUACAUUAUACUAGGAAUAAUGAUUUGAAUGAAAACAAUACAAAUAAGUAAAAACAAAUACAUUACUCCCCUCACAGUGGGUGUCAUGAGAACCCUGAACUAUUUGGCCCAAAACAGUUCUUGGAAUUAGGCUGGUUAGGUGUGAUUAUUAUUCCUCUUAAAACAGGCUUCUUUGGCUGAGUGUGUAUGUGGUUUUAGGUAUUGUUGCAUUAAGCCCCCAGGUGGACACUCAGAGAACUGCAGUGUUAAGUGUUUCCGUAUCAGCUUCCUUUCUUAGGACCAGAGGUUUUGUGUGUUUCUGUGUUGUAGAGGCUCCAGUGUGUCGGCCCACUCCACUGUAUGGUCAGCCGUCCUGGUGGGGAGAGGAGGAUUAUGGGAGUAAAGUUCAGAGCAGCGAUGAGCCCCAUGCAGGUAAAAACAAACCUCUGAAUACCACAAGGUAGGAAAACAACCUCAGUCCCUGUGGAUAUUUGUGUGUUUGUUACAUGAUAUUUUCAUUUUGAUAAAAGUUGAUGAAACAAAUUAAUAGUUGCUGUAAUGAUUUUCUUUAUCAUUUAUCAAAUUACACAGUGAAAAUAGUCAAUUUCAACAGUAAAAUCAUGUGGAGAGUGUAGAAAAUUGGUAUUAGUGCUUAUUCAAUCUGUGUUAUUUAUUACCGGCUAUCAUCAGUCACUUUGAGGUUUAAAAUGCACUCUUAUAUAUAAAGAAUUAUAUAAUUUUGUGCCUUAGUUUUAUUUCUCUCAGCAAAAUGUCUUUUUCAGAAGUUCACAAAGAGCCAUCAUCGAUGGACCAAGAUUUUUCUGGACCCCUGACUGACGCCCAGCAGAAAAGCGUUUUCCCUUCAUACCAUCGUGAACCCAGCUACUUCGAAAUCCCAACGAAGGACUUCCAACACCCCAAAACCUUGGGGGCAGAGCUUCACGAGAUCCCCACUAAGGAUACAGACACACCCCCAGCCCCGUCUUCCCCUCCCACCCCAACCCCACCAGUGGUUCAGAGCCACGCCUCCUUCACCAUCGAGUUUGACGACUGCUCUCCUGGCAAGAUCAAAAUCAAAGAUCAUGUCACUAAAUUCUCCACCCGCCAGAGGAAACAGCAGGCUCCACCCACCAAGACCGGCAUGGCAACUGCCACUCCUGCUGAGGUGAUGUCGGCAGAGAGCAAGGUGGCUGAUUGGCUGGUCCACAGUGAUGUCAGCAUGAUGAAAAGGCGUCCCACCUGUGAGGACGUUUACAGCACAAAGAGUGACCUUGCAAUGAACAUCAAGACGCUAAAAGGUCAGAGGUUACCAUGUGUCAGUCUUUAAAGGGCCAGUACAAAAGUUUAAUUUUUUCAUUUGUAAUAUUUCUGAUCACAGUCCCACAUCUUCCUGUCUAAAGGUUCAAACAUCCUUAGUCUGUUGGGGGUAUAUUCAAAGUUCAGUUUGUUUAAAGACUUGCAGCCUGAGUCCACUUGGACUUUUAAAAACAUGUUGAUGAAUUAAAGUGUGUGUGAUAUUUUUUUGUUGUCAGGUCAUCAUCAUGAGGAUGGAACCCAGAGUGACUCAGAAGACCCGGUUCUCAAAGGGAGGAGGAGUAAAUCCCACCACUCUGUCCAGUCAGAGCAGUCUGAGGUGUCUCAGCAGACAGUUCAGUCAGGUCAGUCUGUCCACCAUCACCUUCCCCCAACACAGAAACUCCACCAGCCCCUGCAGUAUUCUCCACCUGGACCAGCCCCAAGCUCUCCUGUGGCCCCUGAGAGACCCUUGUCCCAGAGUCCUCCUCAGACCCAGUCCCCAAAAGCAGAAACCCCAAAGCAGGGCCCCCCAGAGCACCUUACGCAGCAGGCCUUCAUCAUCGAGUUCUUUGAUGACAACCCGCGCAAAAAGCGCUCGCAGUCCUUCACGCACAACCCUGCCCACGCUGACUCGUACUCCUCCUUGAAGGCAAAACUGGAGCGGCGGAAAGGGGGUGAGAGGCCAGCAUCUGUACAUGGCCACAUCCCUCCCACCCAGCAGGUGACUGUUCCUCUGAAAAGUCAGGGCCACAGUGGCCCCCAGAGGUCAAGCUCUCUGAAGAGGGAGAAGACAGAGGGGGAGGCAGCUUCCUCUGGUUCCUCUUCUCGCUCCUCCUCUGGGAUCAUCAUAAGACCCUUUGGGAGCGUAGGGAAGAAAUCCAAGCUGGCUCAGGAGUUUGCCGCUGAAUUUCUCAAAGACUCUGGUCAACAUGAGUCCUCCCUAACAAGGGACAAGAUGUCCCCACCCCCAAUGUCUGCACCACCAGUGAUGAUGUCUCCUGCUCAUGCAAGAAUUCCCUCCCCCCAAGAACCUCCAGCGACAACCUCAAUAUCCUACCCAAGCUCCCCCUUACAGCCUCCACCAGCCUCAAAGUCUUCUGCUGGCCAGACCUCCUCUCCAGUCCACCUUUCUGGGCCCCCAAUGUCCCCCAUGCUGCCUUUGGGUGUACGUGCGGCAGACCCUAAAGGUGCUCAGAGGAUGAUGAGGAACGAGGAGGACGACAGCCUGAGCGAUGCUGGGACCUACACCAUCGAGACAGAAACACAGGACAAGGAGGUGGAGGAGGCUCGUAACAUGAUUGAUCAGGUGAACUCCACGUUAGACCACUUAAGAGUGUUUCAGUCAGUGACCAAACUCAGGCAGAUUCAUAGUUCAGACUGAUGAUUAAAGGCAUACUUCAUUCACAGUUAAAUUUGUAAAUAUUACUCAGACCAGUAAAGCGAAAUCAGAUUUGUCAUAAUAUUCAUAAAGAAUGGGCAGGCUCUUUCCUCCCUCCCUCAAUUGACUAGUUCAAAACACAAAAACUAACAACCUUAGGUAGACUCACUUCAGAAGUCUCUCCAGGGCUGCAUGUGACCUCUUGUCCUUGUUGCUCCUUCAUGUCCCUGAGAAGCCACCCCCUCCUCAUGCAUGCCCUGUGCUCUGACAGGUGUUUGGUGUCCUCGACUCUCCAGAGUACAGUGGUGUGAGCACAGGGGUGUAUAGACCUCCUGUAAUAAAUGAUGGCAAGGAUGAGCAAGCUAACCUGCCUAGCGAUGGUAGCACUGUGGACCUGUUGCAUGGCUUUAACCCAGCCGCUAUCAGCGGUGCCCCGUCAGGCCCCAUACAGGUAAAACCACAAAAAACUGAACCUGGAACUAGCAUGAUGUGAUCCCAGUGCAUGCAGACUUGUGUUGUUGCUCCCUCAGUUUCUCCGUAGACAUACUUAACUCUGUUAAGUCUCAUUGGACUUUUUGGCCUCAUAAUUCCAUCGUUUGAUAAUUUCUUUCAUUGUGUUGUUUAUUGUUCAGGUUCCACCUGCUAGUGUCACAGGUCUGGAAGGACCCAAAUGGGUUUCCCGCUGGGCCAGUCUGGCAGAUAGCUAUGCUGAACCUGGUUCCACUCCACCUCAAGGGGAAAGUCUGGAAGGUAAUGUUGAGUUUUUAAAUGAAGUUUAACUAAAAACAAAACUAUAGAACUGAGAAUCAGACCCAGUCUUUGUCCCCACUGUAUUGCUGCGUUGGAGUAACCUCGGAAGUCAGUUGUCGGAGCUGAAAAUGACGUUACACCCGAGUUCCCAGUGUUUCAGUUACCAAGUUGGAAAAAGCAAAAUCCAAGGCCUUAUAUUCGGACAAGGCAAGUGCUAAAAUAACUUUGGUAGAUGCAGCCAUCUUGUUUCAGGCCUCCAAUCUUACUUUUUUUCCAACUUGGUAACUGAAACGCUGGUAACUCAGGUGUGAUGUCAUUCUCAGCUCGGACUUCUGACUUCUAAGGUAACUCAAACACAGCAUAUGAACCUCAGAUUCCUACCUGCACACAUUACCUAUAGCUGUUCACUUUCAGGCCAUGUAAAGCAGUCUAGCAGGUUAAACUCAAAAGGAUAGUUCAGACCAAAGAUUUACCCUGAAAAAGAAAUUGAAACAACUCUCCAUGCCAGUCAUCUAACUCUGUUUUUCAGCUAUUUGGCUGAUAAAACUCAACCAUCCUAAUUUCUCUGGCAGUUAGUGAGUAGAGUCAAAGAUAAUGCAAUCAUCUGACCUAAUCCACCUGAGGAGUACAACUCCACACAGAUUAUUCUUUUUCUUCACUAAUUUCAUCCCAGUGCAAAUAUCUGAUCUGAAAUGGUUCAAAAAGCAACUCCCAUUUACUCUGAAGCACUCUUUACAUCUGGUAUGGGUUUUGAUAACAUUCAGAUCAUGUGGACCUCUAUGAUCAGCCAAUCAUUGAGUCUAAAAAAUUGUGUUUUAAAAUAUGAUAAAUGAAUAUGAUGCUUGCAACUGAGUAAACAGGAACUGUUUUUUGUAGAUAUGCACCUCAUGAGCCGGUCGAUGGGAAAUUACAGCUAUGAUAACUCGGAGUCGGAGUCCAGCCACAGCUCAAGGACUAGAAGACUGCUGCCUCAGGUGCCUCCAGAGAAGCUGGAUAGCGUUCCUCCAAGUAUCCUGAUACGGCAUGAGCCUUACCAUGGACAGGCAGCUCUGGACCGAUUCUCUGGUACUACUCGCCACCAGGACUCCACCCAGUGUUUGUCGGUUCAAGAUGAUGUUGACCCAGACAGCCUAAGUGAUGCCAGCCGGUCAGAUGAUGGACCUGUUCUGGAAAAAACUAAGAGGAAUCAAGCUAGGACUGGAUCUGUGUCCCCAGGGGGCACUGGUCCUCAGGUCAGGGGUGCAGAGAAAGUGUCCCCCUCUACAAAGUCCACCUCAUUCUACAUUGGAUCUGAAGAUAGCCCAAGCAAACCUGACCAAGCCAAAAGCCCAGUGCAGUCUGAGAGAAUACAGAAGCCCUCAGCCAAAACCCCUCCAACAACCAUCCUGAUCCGACAUCUGAGUGGGCAUGAACCACGAAGGACAGGUGUCAAACCCAACAGCUCUGCCCCUAACCUCCAAAUACAAGACAAGGAUUCUGUUCCCACUAAAGACAGCUGUAUGUCAUCUAUUGUACGCCAGGAGAGCUUUACCAAAGACCAGCCCAGUGAUAAUGUCCAAAUGAAGAAGCUCCCUCACAUAUCCAGUCAUCCGUCCAUCAGAGACAUGGAGCAGAGGAGGGAGAACAUUCAGGACACACAGUCCUUCCUUCAGGAGACAGAGGGAACUCUGUCCUCUCUGGACACCAAGUUCCCCUCAUCAGGCUCAGGUCGUAGCUCAAAGAAAGGAGGCUCCUCCACCCACAUGGACGACUCCCUGUCCGGUGAGUCAGAUGUGGACACAGCUAGCACUGUGAGCCAGGUGAGCAGCAAAAAUGCCCCCAUCAGUUCUGCUCCUAAAAAGCGUCCUGCCAUUAGUAGCCUUCAAAAGGAGAAGUCUUCUUCCAGCCCGUCCAUCCAAGAGAAGGGACGGCAGCUCACAGCCCGAGAACGGCUCUCUGAAAAACGCCGCGGCCAGGUGACAUCAGAGGCAGCAAGCAAGGCAGAGGCAACAAAGCGCUUUCAGAUGCGCCGCAGUGCCGGAAACCGUGGAUCUCUUGAUCUGUCUGAGGGCCAGCAGGGUUCUGGUCAACAGUGGACAGAAACAACAUCAUCAGACCACGAGGUGUCUCGCCCAUCUGGCCGUAGCAAGAAAGUAAUAGCCCCACUUCAGAAAGAGGACAACGGUAAGACGACAAAGACACCAUCUCAGCAGGUAUUGACACGUUCCAAUAGCCUGUCAGCACCACGACCGACUCGAGCAUCCAUGCUUCGCCGAGCCCGCCUGGGUGAGGCCUCAGAUAAUGAAGGUACAGAGACAGACCGGGCCUCCCAGAAUUCAGAUCACAUCACAGCACCUGCCAAAGUAUCUGCUGAGGGGAAGAAGCUGUCCAGGCUGGACAUCUUGGCAAUGCCUAGGAAGAGAACCGGCUCCUUCACAACCCCCAGCGACAAUGAGGCCUCAUCUACAGGCCGCUCUAGUCUCCCCAGUCGUAACGCUGAGUCUGCUGCCACCACCAGGAAGACCUCUGUGGGUGAUGCCCGCCAAGCCACUGGAAAAGGGAGUGGAGUUUCAGGCAAGCAACCACUCGCCCGGACCAGGUCUAGCGGAGCCAAGUACCCCAGCACCAGUAAGUUCUGGUUAGAUUUGUGUCUCAGAAUGUAGACAUAAGUACAAUAAUAACUGUAAUACUGUUCAUCCUGAGCAUGUCAUCAGUUUCUCUUCUUUAGUGACUGUCAAACCGAUUUUAGUAUCGCCGGGGUUGAGACUGUUACCAUUAUUGAAAUGUUGUCCUUUAUUGGAUGUCGUGAAAAAUAAUAUUGGUAGCUAUUCUUUUCUGUCUUCUUUCUAUCCAUGAUCUACAAAAAAUCCUAUUGCAACCAUACACAAAACCCAACAGGAAGUCCACAUUUUGAUUAUUGUCUAUGUUAAUCGAUUUACUGGUGUCAGAUUUUAAUAAAUUCAUCAUUGAGGCUUCUUCUCUGGAUUUGGUACAUGUAAUGUAGACACACUGUCAGUCAAAAGUUGUGAGAGGAUUUAAUGUUGGUCAGAUAAUGUGUUCUUGGCUGGUGGCUCGUCAAACUUCCAUGUCUUGCCAUGAAACCGGGAGUUGCUCCUUCAUACAAUGUUUGAUCAUUUUGAGAUUCUAAAGACAUGACCAACAUAUAGUACAUUCCUGAAAACAUUCACUGUAUGCGAUAAACUAUCAACCACCGUGAUACUGCCACCCUCUUGGGAUACAAUGCAUUACAGGGACAUUCCAGCGUAAAAUUAAUUUAAGGUCAAACACACUGUAACACUGAGUAAGACACCCCCUUGAGAGAUGAAUGUUGCCGACUGCUUCAUCAACAGUACAUACAGGGUCCUAGCCACCAAACAUCUUUUUAACUUUGCCUAACUUCUUUAGCAAAGAAACUAAACACAACUCACCGACUCUCUUCCAGCAGCCGCUUGUUUGUAGCGAGACCACCAGGCCAGUCCAUUACGGAUUACAGCGGGGUGACGCAGCUCAAGGAAGAACAUUUAUGAUCAUUACUAUUAUUGAUCAUUUUGCACUGCAGAUGCGUUAGUUCUUCUGCCUUAGUGUCUCGCUACAAACAAGCGACUGCUGGAAGAGAGUAGGUGAGUUGUGCUUGGUCUCUUUGCUAAAGAAAUCAGGCAAAGCUAAAAAGAUGUUUGGUAGCUAGUGCUGUGGCUGAGAUCCUAUAUGUACUUUUGAUGAAGUUAGGUGCUGUUCUGAGCAUUAUUUGUGGCUAUAGAGUGGCGUUUUGGUUGAGGUUUGUGUUUGGCUCCCCAGACCACUGUGUAUUGCUAUUGUGCGGUCAUUACUAAAGUUGGUAUAACUAGAGAAGCAAGCGGUUGGCAACAUUCAUCUCUCGAGGGGGUGUCUAACUCUGUGUUACAGUGUGUUUGACACUGAAUUAAUUUUACACUGGAAUAUCCCUUUAACUUUCGAAUGCAGGGAAUCCUCUUGUAUGUUGGUCUUCUUUUAUUGUAACAUUGCUGAGCUAAUAGAUAUUCCCAAAUCUUAACACCAUAUGAGUGGUGCUCUUUGAGGAUAAUAUUGAUUUUAAUCAGGAACUAUCAUAUAAAUGAAAAAAGAUACUCAGUCCUUCAAGCAUAUUUUAAAAUCAUAAUGUAACUUCACACCCAGCACUUAACCUUUCAAACUAAUUUUCCUUCCCAAACACUGUGUUUUGUGUUCAGUAAACUGACUCUUCAUCAUGAGGGUACAACAGCCGAUCCCAAACAGUUUUUACUGCUGCAUCAGAGAGUCGUCUAAAGCAGCCUUUGUUUUAGAUUCUGCCGGUGAAGUCUGCCAUUUUACUACCACUGUGGAUCAAUUCAGAUUUCUGUCUCUGGUGGGUUAGAGCAGUCUGCUGCUGUUACCAUGGAAACACAGCUUCACAGCAUCAGUCUCCAUGGUUUUCUAUCAUGUUUGACUUAACAUGUGUUGCAAUGCAUCAAUCUCUCUCCUGACUGUACCAGAGGGAGACGUCAUAGUCAGAAGCUGUGGAUUUAUUCCAAGGAUUCCCUAAUAGAUCCUCAGAGCAAACUGCAGAUUAAACUCUGAUGUUAACUAACAGCAGUCACUUAUUGGGUAUCAAACCAACAUCCCUCAGACUGACAACAUCCACAUUUUCCUCCAGAGUCUUGUGUAAUAAAACCUGAAUGAAAUAUUUACAGGUUCCCGUCGCAGACAGAAGGGUUCAGACUUCUCCUCAUCUUCCGAGGAGGAAUACCAGACAAGUGCUGGGACUCCCAAAGCCAAGCGCUCUUCCCACCCCUCCACAUCUGCCCAGACGCCACGCAGUCAUCGCACAGCUGCCACCAGGUCCAAAUCAGUCUCCCUGGAAACAGAGGAGGAUGAGGACCAGAAUGAGGGAGACCCCUAUCAGAACUGGUCCACACAUAGCGCUGAGAUUGCCAAGUACAAAUUACGAAAUAUCCAUCAACACCUUUAGCUCAAAGACAAAGUGACCCCACCUCUGUUCAUGAUGGCUUUUUUUCCGUGUGUCCCCUGUAGGCUCAGUCAGGACCUGGCUAAAGAUCUGGCCAUCCUGGCCAAGGAAAUUCACGAUGUUGCUGGGGAUGGAGACUCACCCAGCUCUGGCAUGGGCACUACCACCUCACCCAGCUCUCUACCCAACACACCAGCCUCCACCAUCUCUGCCAGGGAGGAGGUGGGCAACACUGUGAACUACCCAACACCCGUCAAGUCACCGCAACCACAAUACAAACUACAGAUCCAAAAACUGGGAACACACCAGACACAUAACUCUGAUUUUAGACUUUUAGUAAUAUCUGUGGUUAAGAUCAAAUCUCUGCUCUGUUCUUGUGCCACUAAAUCUAAAAUGAAUACUCUACAGAUCUUGGAAAUAUGUGUUAUUCUGCUGUUUAGACUGAUGCACAAUGGGAGUCUAAACAGAGGUAACUGUAGCCCACAGACACAAUCAUCACCAGUGUAUUCCCAGUUUAACUGGGAACAAUUAGUUUUUUCAAACGGGGUCUUCUUUGUGUAGUUUUGUCUCCAUCUCUGUCAAGGAUGUCAUGCCAUCAGAAGUAUGUUGGAUGGAAAGGUUCAGUUGUCUGCAGUUUGUUUCAAGUUCUAGGUUGAAUGAUAGAAGCUUCAUCACGCUUUGGAUUCUCAUGACCCAUUUCUUUGUUCUGCUGCACAGACGCCAUCUUAUCAGUACUUACGAGGGGUUCGACCAUCUCAGGUGUCUAACUCUGAUUCAUCACUCCGCCUGCUCUGUAUCUGGUUCCCAUCUUCCACCGCCAUGCCCCUACCGUCACUGAUCCUAACACUCCCCUCUCACAAGUGUUGGAUGCUCUAACUCAUGUUUGAUUUCCUUGUUCUGAGAUUUGUCUGAUUAAGUGUUACAGUAUGAAAGAUUGUUAAUGACAAAACUACAGAGUUAGCCUAAACAGUGAGCUGGAACCACUAAGGAUCAAGGAUUUGAAGGAACAACAGGUCUACCAAUUCAAGACUCCAACUCAGCCUUACGAUCACAACAUGAGCCAGGUUCUGCUGGAGGUUAAAAAGCAGUUUUAUCCUUGCCACUGUAACUUAGAUAAGACUAAUCUACACAUCUAAUGGCGCAGCACAAAACAGAUUCAAACAGGAAGCUGUCUCCUAAACUCACCCCCCUUAUACUCAGCUCUGUAUAUGUUAUACCAGACCUUACCCGGUUCAACUGUACUCCCAAGACUCUCACCCCUCACACCUGUGAAUCCAGCUGUAUGUUCUCCAAACUAACAAUGUCCAGCUACAAUUUUAGCUUCAUACCCUACUCAACUGUGUCCCAUCCAAGUCCACCCAACCCCAAUACCCCUUAUCCUGAUCUUAAGCAUUCAUUAUAAUUCACUGAGAACUAUGACUAUACUCAUAUUUAUGGUCUGGCUUCACCUGCCAGCCAAUAGGAAAGAAUGUUUGAAUCAGCUGCUGCAUGACAUUAUUAAUUCCAUCAGGUUAGCACUGAACUUAAAUGGUUCAUUGGUACUUUUCCCUGCUUAUUCUCCUUUCUAGUAGUUAUAUUCUGACUGGUUCCCGCCCAGGUGUGUUUGGGCUUACUCAGCAGUUUUGUCAUUAAUGAACUUCAGCACCCUUAAUAAACUGGUUUGGCUGUUUUUUUGACAGUUCAUGCAGCUGUAACUGGUGACCGGUAGGAUCUUCCCGCACUCCUACAUCUCCCUGUCGUUGUUAACAGGCUGUAUCCCAGCAGUACUAAAAUUCACUGCAUACACUGUUGCCCUCACCAUCGCAGCUGCAUGUUGACUUGGUGCAUGCGUUCACGGAGCACCGCCAUCACCGGCCGGCUGCUCGCUGGUUUGAUAUCAGAUAUUCAGUGGUUGGAUCACCAGAGCUAGACUCCCUCUACUCUCUUUCCAGCUGGUCCAACAUAUCCCUGAGGCCAGUUUAAACUACCAGAAGGUUCCUCCAGGUUCUGCUGCCGUCUCGGGCCUGGACGCAAACAUGAAUGAGCCGGAGCCCGGUUCUAAGCAACGUCGUCCGUGGAACCGCGAAGAGGUCACUGUCCAAAGGCACUGAGGCUAUGUUCAUACUGCAGCUCAGUGUGUCCCCAAAUAUGUUUGUCACUGCGAAACAAGACAAUUUUGGCCAAAGUGAAUCAUUUCUACUUUUGUUUAAAUUUACCGAUUAUCAACACGUCAAACAGAUAUCUCGAUAUCAACGUCAGUAACUUUAUAUAUACAGCCACAAAAUUUAAAGCAUACUUCAUUAAAAUAUCAAUUGACAUCUCUGAUGAAUGAUAAAAUAUGAACCUAUUUAGCGACCUGUCUGGUUGGUCGAACACAUCAGUACUUUAAUAAACGCAGGGACUACUGUCACCGAUCAACCGCACAAAAACACUUGGUCCCAGCGGCGAUCUUUGAUGAGGUUCCUUUUGGCUGGGAUUAGUGGAGAAUGUUUAGUCAGGGUUAGUCAACUAGUUGGAUAGUUUAUUGUAUUAGGUACAGUAGUUGUAGGUUAGAUGGCGUAAUGGGUUUGUGUUUUACUAAGCCUAGAGCAGUAUCCAAGAAUAAGUCCCGGUGAUGCCAGAAGUUAAAGAGAGUUUCCUGUAAAGAGAGAAAGGGUUUUAAAAACGAGUGUUAAACUACUAUGUCUUUCUUGGAGGCUGGAGGUGGAAGCUGUCAGUUAGACUAGGUAAGGAUGGUUACUGGCUGUACAAAAAAAGCUGUCAGAUAGGCCGAGAAGAUCUGGAGAUUGGAUUUUUGGUGAAAGUGAUUCAUGAGUGAGUGAACUGUCCAGCUGUCAGGUCUUUGAGCUUAACCACAACUAAAACACGCAAAAGAUGGAUGCAGACUGGGAUCCAAAAAGGCUAGAAACAAUCCUGUUUUGGGUGUUGUCUUUAGUUCUUGAACUCAUUCGCUCCAGGUGACUCCUUUGCUGUUUUAUGAUGGUACUGGCUGCUUGACAGUUUAUCCACUUCUGUCACCCCCAGAGGCUGCACUGGCCAUUAGAGACAGGUUUCAGAGACAUGACAUUUGCUCUCAGAGUGUUUCAGAGUAAAGAUGAGUGUGAGUCAGGCUGACAGAGAGCAGGGAAGAUUUGCAACCUAACGGGCGGUUUUUCUAAGAUGUUGGUGUCUGGACUAAUGAGCUCCUGGAGGCUGGACCAGCGUCACCACACUCAGCAGGUGAUGAUCAAUCACAGCCUGCAGUCAAAGACCUGAGCCUGGAGUGUGAACAUAUCCAACACUUUGAUAAAGUAAACCACACUGACACUGCUGCAGUUAGUUUUGGUGUGCUGGGACAUCAGGGUGUGGACAUCUGUGUGUCAGCAUCUCAGCCUCCUGCUUUUAUUUCAUCUCAGUCCAUCUGUGUCUCUCAAUAAACUCUUUCAGGUGAUUCUGGACAACCUGAUGUUGAACCCCGUGUCUCAGCUGUCUCAGGCCAUCCGCGAGAACACGGAGCAGCUGGCUGAAAAAAUGAAGUAAGGAAACUGUCGAUGAAACCGUCAGAUAAAUUUAUUCAAAGUUUGCAUUUUCAGUCUGAAUCUGACCCCCUUAGAUUAAAACCUCACCCCCUGUCAGAACAGGUUGUGUUUCAAUUUGUUUUCAGCUACCCAGGUUUUAGAAAGUCCAUCCAUGCUUUGUGUGUAUAAUUCAGAGGUUCUUCUUGUGUUGCUGCACUUAUUAUGAUCCACAGAAACACCUGUGUUGGUUUUAUUUCGCCCUGACCUCGUCCUGUGUUUGCUCUCAGGGUUCUGUUCCAGAAUAAAGCUGAAGUCUGGGAGGAGAUCGAGGCCAAGAUCAAUGCUGAGAACGAAGUCCCCAUCCUGAAAACCUCCAACAAGGUUGAUCUUUAAACACCUCACUUCAAACAUAUAAUACUCAGGAUUAGUGAGAGAGCAGCUGGAACUUUCUCUCUUGUUCUUUGUCUCACUUCCAGGAAAUCACCUCUAUUUUAAAAGAGCUGAGGAGAGUGCAAAGACAGCUGGAAGGUAUGAACCUGUUUGAUUUAUUUUAUGUGUUUUUAAAAACUUUAUUAAAACAGGACAGGUUUCGAGUGAUAACAUAAAACUUUCUUUAGUUUAAUAUCGAUUUUCUGCAAAAUACGGGACAUUAAGGAUAGACAGUUCUACAUUUACAGAUUUAAAGGUUCCUGAACUCCAAGGCUAACCAUGCUUGAGGAAGAAUUUAGCUAUCUGUAAUGAAUCUAUUUAAUUUAAAUAAAACUGUCGAGUUUCAAGACAUGUAGACUGUUUUGCACAACAUUAAAAGCAUACUGGUAUUUGAAAGAAUCUGCUAAAGACCUGAUAUGAGCUCCUUGGUUCUGGUUUGUUCAUUCAUGUCCUGUUUUUCUCGCUGUAGUUAUAAACACCAUUGUGGAGCCCGGUGGAAGUGUUCAUACGGCCGCGAUGGGGACGACGCCUGCUGGUCAAACUCGGCCUUCCUCAAGGGAGAAGAAGACUCCUUCUAAAACCCGUGGUGCCCCUUCAUCCUCCAACGCCAACGAAAGCACCAAGAGACCGCCUCGUGGACCCGACGGGGGCCACCACAUGGCCUGA